AUGGUGAAGGAUUUUGAUCCAUAUUGCUCAGGCUGGCCUCGUAUAAGUGAAGAAGAAGGAGCCGAGGAAGGCGGGGAAGGCCCGGCUGGAACUCGACGGACGCUGGCUGGACUGUCGUUCAGACCACUGCGACUCGGGUCGGCUCGGCAUGGUGGGAGGAUGGGCGCGAGCAAUAUGGACAAUGGCGAUCCUGGCUCAUACGCUCUGGAGUAUGCCGUCAUCGAAGCCUGGCUGGACGAGCACUCCGAUUUCCUCAACGACUAUUUCAUUAGGAAAGGAACAAGGCACAUGGUGGACGCAUGGCUGAUGUCCCAUACUGGCUAUUCGUCACCAUCACCUAGUGAGCAGAACCCCGGCGUCGGCGCGAGCCAGACGACAACGACGUUCGCGUCGUCCACAAUCACACAUGCUGGCCAGGGUCAGGGACAGAGCCUGGGCCAGAACCAAAGCCAGGGACAGUCCGGAGGUACUGGGUCCGGGUCCCGAUCAGGCGCCGGGUCUGGUUCCGGGUCCGGCUCCACAACCCCGGUUCGCAAGAUCUCCGCAACGGAGUUCGAGAAGGGCGGGUUGCUGACGCCGAUCGUGACGACUGUCGACGGGUGUCCGACUUUUCUCACGCCUCCUGUCGACACUAUCCGGUUCGCUGCUCCUUUCUAUUUAUCUAUAUUCGCAUCCGGGUCGUUGAAGAGGUCUCCGAACAACUCCUCAAGAAAAGUUCGACGACGAGGCCGAGCGGAAUUGCGCAGUCUGAACGAGCGAGAGUUGAUAUUCGAGCUGGUGAAAGACAUUUGCAACGAAUUGGAUAUUCAAAGCCUGUGUCACAAGAUCCUACAGAAUGUGGGCAUCCUGACAAACGCGGAUCGAGCAUCGCUGUUCCUGGUGCAGGGUGACAAGGACUCGCGCGAGCGCUGUCUCGUCACUAAACUCUUUGACGUGUGCUCCAGCAGCACUGUGGAAGAGAUCAAGACCCGCCAGGAGAUCCAGAUUCCGUGGGGAAUGGGUAUUGUUGGCUUCGUUGCGGAAACCGGAAGGUCUGUCAAUGUUCCGGACGCCUAUCAGGAUCCGAGGUUCAACCAUGACGUGGACGCCAAAACGGGCUAUGUGACAAAAUCCCUCCUUUGCAUGCCAAUCAAAGACUACAGCGGCAGCGUGAUCGGAGUCGCUCAGGUCAUCAAUAAGCUCGACGGCGGAGAGUUCACCAUGAACGACGAACAAGUCUUCGCCUCUUACCUACAAUUCUGUGGCAUCGGGUUGCGCAAUGCUCAACUCUACGAGCGCAGCCAGCUCGAAAUCAAACGCAAUCAGCCUCAGCGACAGGUCAUCAAUAAGCUCGACGGCGGAGAGUUCACCAUGAACGACGAACAAGUCUUCGCCUCUUACCUACAAUUCUGUGGCAUCGGGUUGCGCAAUGCUCAACUCUACGAGCGCAGCCAGCUCGAAAUCAAACGCAAUCAGGUGCUGUUGGAUCUGGCGCGAGUGAUCUUCGAGGAGCAGAGCACCAUUGAACACAUCGUCAGUCGGAUAAUGACGCACCUGCUGUCCUUGUUACAGUGUGUUCGGUGUCAGGUGUUGCUGACGCACGAGGAGUCGAAAAACACGUUCACGCGUGUGUUCGACAUGGAAGCCGACGACCUGAAUGACGAGGAUGGGCUCGUAAAACCACAUGAAAACCGAUUCCCGAUUUACAUUGGAAUCACCGGACGGGUUGUUACCACUGCUGAGACCAUAAACAUGGCACAGACCGACCAAAACUGGGAAUCCUACUUUGACGAUUUCCCAAAAUCUUCAGCAUCCACGCCAGCUGUAGAACAAGGGCCACCUCCAGCACUGAAACCACCACCACCACCGCCACCUAGCGACGGAGCGACAAACUUUGAGCCACAGUGCGUUCUUUGCAUGCCGAUCAAAAACUCCUUCAACGAAAUCAUCGGCGUGAUACAGUUGGUGAACAAGACCACAGGGGCGAAGUUUACCAAGAAUGACGAGAACUUCCUAGAGGCUUUUGCAAUUUUCUGCGGAAUGGGGAUCCAUAACACUCAGAUGUACGAGCGAGCCGUCGUUGCAAUGGCUAAGCACCAAGUAACGAUGGAGGUCCUUAGUUACCACGCAACUGCACCAAUCGAGGAGGCUUUGAAACUAAAGCGGCACAUCAUUCCGUCAAGUCAAUAUUACCGGUUGUAUGACUAUAACUUCGAUGAUCUCGGGCUGUCAGAUGAGGAUACGCUUAAGGCCUGUAUACGGAUGUUCAUCGAUCUGGACUUGGUGGAGCGGUUCAACAUUGACUUUGUCACUUUGACAAGAUGGCUUCUCAGCGUGCGGAAAAAUUAUCGCCUUGUAACAUACCACAACUGGCGACACGCGUUCAACGUGGCGCAGAUGAUGUUCGCGAUUCUGACGUCAACACAGCUGUGGAAGUCCUUGGGAGACCUAGAAUGUCUGUCGCUGAUGAUUGGUUGCUUAUCACAUGACCUGGACCACCGGGGCACUAAUAACUCGUUCCAGUACAAAGUAUCAUCCCCGCUGGCGCGGCUCUAUUCGACCUCACCCUUGGAGCAUCACCACUUCGACCAGUGUUUGAUGAUCCUGAACUCAGUCGGAAACGAGAUCCUGCGAUCCUUGUCUCCGGAACAAUACAGGAUCGUGCUUAAAUGCCUGGAAGAUGCCAUACUCGCCACAGAUCUCGCAGUUUACUUCCGGAAACGAGGCGCCUUCUUCCGGCUGGUGGAAAGUGGAUCGUGGAACUGGGCAGUGCCAGAACAUCGCGACAUGUUGCGCGGCAUGCUAAUGACCGCAUGCGAUAUUGCCGCAAUUACUAAGCCGUGGUCCGUCCAAAGAAGACGGCACAUCAUUCCGUCAAGUCAAUAUUACCGGUUGUAUGACUAUAACUUCGAUGAUCUCGGGCUGUCAGAUGAGGAUACGCUUAAGGCCUGUAUACGGAUGUUCAUCGAUCUGGACUUGGUGGAGCGGUUCAACAUUGACUUUGUCACUUUGACAAGAUGGCUUCUCAGCGUGCGGAAAAAUUAUCGCCUUGUAACAUACCACAACUGGCGACACGCGUUCAACGUGGCGCAGAUGAUGUUCGCGAUUCUGACGUCAACACAGCUGUGGAAGUCCUUGGGAGACCUAGAAUGUCUGUCGCUGAUGAUUGGUUGCUUAUCACAUGACCUGGACCACCGGGGCACUAAUAACUCGUUCCAGUACAAAGUAUCAUCCCCGCUGGCGCGGCUCUAUUCGACCUCACCCUUGGAGCAUCACCACUUCGACCAGUGUUUGAUGAUCCUGAACUCAGUCGGAAACGAGAUCCUGCGAUCCUUGUCUCCGGAACAAUACAGGAUCGUGCUUAAAUGCCUGGAAGAUGCCAUACUCGCCACAGAUCUCGCAGUUUACUUCCGGAAACGAGGCGCCUUCUUCCGGCUGGUGGAAAGUGGAUCGUGGAACUGGGCAGUGCCAGAACAUCGCGACAUGUUGCGCGGCAUGCUAAUGACCGCAUGCGAUAUUGCCGCAAUUACCAAGCCGUGGUCCGUCCAAAGAAGAGUGGCCGAACUAGUCGCAAGUGAGUUCUUCGAGCAAGGUGAUCUGGAGAAGGAGAAGUUCAACGUCACGCCUAUCGAUAUGAUGAAUCGGGAGAAGAAAAGUGAGCUGCCUUCAAUGCAAGUAGACUUUAUCGAUUCCAUAUGCCUGCCUGUGUACCAAGCCCUGGGUCAGAUCUCCGACAAGAUGCAGUCCCUGCGCAAAGGCGUCGAGAGCAACCGGAGACACUGGUUGGCUCUCAAGGAAGCCAAGGACAUGGAACGCUCUCGCCUGUCGAAGCGCUAAUCGUGAUGGCACAAAACCCUUCUGAGCUCUCUUUACUCCCGUAUUUUAACUUAUAUGGUAAAAAAAAAAAGAAGGAAAAGGAGUAUGGAACAUGUGUAAGUGAGUUUUCCGUGGAUGUUUACGUCCAGCGCGACAACGAAGAGUAAAUUGACGAUAAUUAUUAGUUAUGCACGAGCGUCGUUGCGGUUGAGCGGGUUUCAAAGCAACGCAUCGUGAAAUUUACACACCCGAAUCAGCGACAGUCCCGAAAUAGACGAAAAAAUACAGAAAAACGUUUUAAUUACAUUCAUAGGAGCCCAUUCUGCGUAAAGCUCUCAACGGGGUUAACCUAGUCGAAUUUCAUAAUUUCCUUGAAGUAAUUUACGCGUGUGAUUUAUUCUGAGCGAAAUUGUAUGGCAAAAAGGUCGUUUUCGGUUCCACUGUUCUAGAACAAGAUCAACUUUUCAACCACGAGGUCUUAAUUAUUUUUGUCUCAUAGCCGAAAAGUAUUACUGACUUGUGUCUUAUUGACUUCAUGAGUUUUCGAUAAAUAUGCGAGGAAUGAAACCGGAAUAAAUGUUCCACGUGAUCCCUAUAUUGGUUUGGGCAAGGAUGACCUAGACUCCUAGAGACUUAUAUACUGUACUACGUUCUUGUUGAUCAUGAUUUGAAAAGAAGGAUUCGAUUCGAGCGAAUCCGGAAAAUUUUCCCACAUGUUCCAGACUUUGAUUUGAAAUCCUGCAGUUCAGAGAGACAAGCCAAAAUGCGUUUGUCGAGCUUGACGUUUAGUUAUCACAUUGCGGUGAAAUCGGUGCUCAAAAGGUGUUGCGUCGAGCGCAUUUCGUUGUGAAGGAUCCACAUUCAGCCCAGUUUCCUUCUGACUGUUCGAUUUUUUUUUUUUUUUUUGGUUUGUCGACGGGUCAAUCGGAGCAUUCUGUUGCUGGCUUGCUGAAACUGGGAGCCGUUGAGAGUUGUUAAUCAAACUUUUUUACCACUGGACUUGAUCGAAGGAUGUAAUUUAGCAAAAUUUGAGGAUGGAUGAUGGUUUCACCGCGUCAUCCGUGGACCGUGACUCUAUUAUUAUAGGAAUUUCUCGCCGAAUGGGUGAUUUAUGUACCGGUAUGGAGAUACAUUCUUGCGCUUUUUUGUUGCUUUUGCUGGCGUCGUUCCGGAUUAAAGUUAAUGGGUUGUUUCGCAAAA